UGCGCGCAGGAAGCGAGCCACCGGAGGCGGACACGCGGCGAAGCGUGGACUGAGCUCCAGGGCCCUUCGGCCCUGGCCCUCGGGCCCGGGCCCCUGAGGCGGCGCGGGCAGCCGUAGGGACGUGACCGCCCUCUGUCGCGCCGGGCUCGCUGCCGGGACUCUGAGUUCGGGCUCCGCCACCCUGGCUCUGUGCGCCACCAACCCCAGGCGUCAGCGCGGGGAUGGGGGCGAGGGGCGGAGCUCGCCAUCCUGGGCCGCUGAUUGGCUGCCUCAGCUGCCCUUUCACCUUCCCGGCGGCGGAGUUGACGUGUGAAGCGACCGCAGUCCGCCAGCCGGCGCUCUGAGGCACUGCGCUUGGCUUUUCCAGUGAGGCGUCAGCCUCGUCCAGGCUCCAGCAGCAGCGCUCCACCAACCCAGUUUCCGGAAGUAGUUUGGGUUUAUAGUAUUUCGUCGGCCAGUGGAAGAUGUUGGAAAUUAUGUUCGCCUCUGCACGAAUGUUUUGCUGGCAAUUUAAAUGACUUUAUUUUUCUCAGAAACGCAGGCUAUUUUCUCCCCUAGAUGUUCUUAUCUUUAUUUUUCAUGACAGAUCUUGACGACAGUAUAUACAAAAAAUAUUUAAAGAUGAUAACUAACAUAGUUAUAUUGAGCUUGAUCAUUUGCAUUUCUUUAGCUUUCUGGAUUCUGUCUAUGACUGCAAGCACCUAUUAUGGUAAUUUGCAGCCUGUUUCUCCUUGGCGUUGGCUGUUUUCUGUUGUUGUUCCUGUCUUGAUCGUCUCUAAUGGCUUUAAAAAGAAAAGUCUAGAUCACAGUGGGGCUUUAGGAGGGCUUGUGGUUGGAUUUAUCCUGACCAUUGCAAAUUUCAGCUUUUUUACCUCUUUGCUGAUGUUUUUUCUUUCUUCCUCGAAACUCACUAAAUGGAAGGGAGAAACAAAGAAGCGUCUAGAUUCAGAAUACAAGGAAGGUGGGCAGAGGAAUUGGAUUCAGGUGUUCUGUAAUGGAGCCGUGCCCACCGAGCUGGCCCUGCUCUACAUGAUCGAAAACGGCCCUGGAGAAAUCCCGAUCGACUUUUCCAAGCAGUACACUGCUUCCUGGAUGUGUUUGUCUCUCUUGGCUGCGCUGGCCUGCUCUGCUGGAGACACGUGGGCUUCAGAAGUUGGCACUGUUCUGAGUAAAAGCCCGCCGAGGCUGAUAACAACCUGGGAGAAAGUUCCAGUUGGGACCAACGGAGGGGUUACGAUGGUGGGCCUUGCCUCCAGUCUCCUUGGUGGGACCUGUGUGGGUAUCGCGUACUUCCUCACACAGCUGGUUUUUGUUAACGACUUGGACAUUUCUGCUCCCCAGUGGCCAAUUAUUGCAUUUGGGGGUCUGGCUGGAUUACUAGGAUCAAUUGUGGAUUCCUAUUUAGGAGCUACCAUGCAGUUUACUGGUUUGGAUGAAAGCACUGGCAUGGUGGUCAGCAGCCCAGCAAAUGAGGUGAAGUGCAUAGCAGGGAAACCCAUUCUUGAUAACAAUGCAGUGAAUCUGUUUUCUUCUGUCCUUAUUGCUCUCUUGCUCCCAACAGCUGCUUGGGGUUUUUGGCCCAGGCAGUGAACUUUAUUUCAUUUUACAAAGGUUACAACUGUGGUCAGUUCAGCAAAAUUUGCAAUUCCAGGUUUCAUCCCAAGAACAAUAAUGUAAUGACAAAGCAGAAGUGCCAGCUCCUUCCCUAUUCCAUUAGGAUGGAAUUCCACAUUUUUUCUCUCAUUAACUUCCUUGUAACAGCUGACAUCUUUCUGCUGAAAAACAAGAGUCAUAGAAUUUAUCCAUAUUUUUCUUCUGCUGAGUGGACCUUCUUGUGCAGUGAAGCUAUAAUGUCCCUAUAUACUGAACUUAAAGUUCCUACAUAGUAGAUAUAAAUCUUGUUUUAUUUGUUUAAAUGAGUAUGGGGACUAAAAGUAAUAACGUUUUUAAAUGGUUCUUGAUUGUGGUGGAGAAAUGCCACUGUGCCAUUGAUCCAAAUGUUGUAUCUGUUUUAAGUAUUUUACAAAGAUGUGUGUGGAAGCCUGAAUAAGAGUACUGUCAUAGAAUUCUCCCAUUAUUUUCCGUUUAUUUCUGUGGAAAGUGUGGAGUUUGAUUUCUGCUAAGCUGUGAGAUUUACUCCACAUUUGUUCUUCCUUCCUCAGAGUUAAUAAUAGGGGAAAAAAAAAGUAAGUGUCUUUCAUGUGAACAGUAGAAUGCAUGAAAAAAAUUAUUUUUAAGUAAAAGCAAAGGGCAUAUAUCUUCUGUCUAAAAAAAUGUGCACCUUACUAUAUAUUUCAGUUGGUAAGAAAUUCUCUCAAAUUUAAUAUUUUUUAAUGUAUUUUCUAGCUUUCUUUGAAAUUUUAUAGGAAUCUGGUUUACAUUGGCAUCUUAAACAGUGAAAGAGUCACUGGAAAAUGGCUGUAAUUAUUUUACUUGCUGUCCUAGAAUUCACUGGAAGAUGCUGUGAAUUCCUGUUACGUACCUUCUAAGUUGCGCUUCCCUUAACAUUAUAGCCUUAACCAAAGUAAAUUCCACUUUUCAGUUUUGCUCUUCACCAUUAUUUACCAUGUGCUAGUGGGGUCUGAGAUGGUAUGGGUUAUUGUGCUGAAAGGAUUUUGAAAUACUUCUCAUGUCAUUUCCAUACCUUUCUUCUCCUGCCCCUUUUGCAUUCAUAGAAAAAUUGAGAAAUUCCGUGAAUAAACCACUCUCAGAGUAGAUAAAGUUUAGAAUUCUUUAUUGGUGACCCUACUACAGUGAUUGUCUAGAACUGACUUGGUUCAGAAAGAAUUUUUUUUUAAAAAACCAAACAUUGACAUGGUUUAAGCCUUAAGCCAGGCAGCUCAACCAUUGGUUUUCAACAUUGCGUGUACAUUGGAAUCCCCGGAGCAUCUUUUUUAAAAAAUGCUAGUGUCUGGGAUUCACCCGAAGAUUCUGAUUUACCUGGUUUGAGGUACAGCCUGGAUAUUGGGACUUUUUAAAGCUCUGACUGUCCCUUAGAAUCAUGUAGGGAGUGUUUAAAAACACCGUUGCCAAGGCCCCUCUCUAAACCAAGUAAAUCAGAAUGUCUGAAAGUGAGGUCCAUGCCUGGGUUAGUUUUAGAGAGCUCCCUGGGAGAGCCUAAUGUUUAAACAGGUUGAGAACUACGAACUCGGAAUCUUCUUGCACAGAUGUCAAAUCAUUAUGAAGGUAAUGUUGUAGGUCAAUCAUAGUUCAAUAAAAAAAGACAAAGGAAAAAAAAGAAUAGCCUGUACUGAAGGAAGUCUCGGAAGAGUGGGGCUUCCAUUUUUGUGCAGAUGACUGUCAGCAGCGGUGCUGUAUGCUGUCUUGAUGGAAGGAUAGCUUCUGGUAAUUACAGUGUCUUAGCUGUAUCACUUACCACAUCAUUCCUGCGUCAGUUUUGUGUGCAGCCUCUUUACUCCUACAGCUGUUCUAACAUGCCUUUGCUCUCCUUUCCUGGCAGUUUAGCCUCAUGAUAUACUAUGGGACACAAAUACUUAUUGGAACCAUUUGGGGGUUUGAUAGACUCAUCACACCAUUAACAGUUUGGGGACGUAACUGCUUUACAGCCCUUUAUUUGAAAACCUAGAGCUAGGUUGUGUUUCGGAAUCAAAAUUUUGCAGAUUUCAGGAAAGUGAUAGGGUACCUGUGAAGUAUUUUUCUUAGAAUUCCCAGAAGAGUCUAAGGUGGCACUCAUUAUCAGACACACUAAUAUUUCUGUGGUGAAUAUACGAAUAACACCAGUAAGUGUGAUAACAAGACUGUGAAGAGUCAGAUCACGUUUUGUCACCAAAUUUAGGGAGGAACUUUCUGUUUUCUGAGCUUUUUGGGGGUGUGCUAAAAAAAAACCUCUUUUUUUUUAAUCUUACAUAUAUUUUACUGUCACAUCCUUUAUAAUUUGGAUGUUUAACUUAUUCAGCCUAUUCGUCCUCUUUACUGAGUGAGCAGUUUAUGUAAAAAACACUUUUGGUGGAAAAGACCUCCAUAUAACCACAUAAUGAAAUAACAUACUACUGCCUGCCUAGGCAGCCUAAAGGCAUACAGACUGUUUCCUACCACGUGUUACACGGUAGGAGAGAGCAAGGCGCAUGUGGCUUAGGGAGCUCCCGAAGGAGGCCUGAAGAUGUCAAGGGGGGUAUUUGAAGACUUAUCAGAUGGAGCCCCCAGAACUGUGAAUUGAUACAACAGAUCACUCAAUUCUUGGCUUGAGUUGUCUCUGCCUCAGCCCACGUGCAUACAUCUCUUUCUUAUUUCCAGCUGCUUUAUAUGUAGGAUGCCGGCUUCAGAAAUGCCAACUUUAUCCCAAUUAGGUGCAGGCCUAGUACAGGGGAGAUCAUGUGAGGCAGCACAUUGUAGGCUUUGCCACAUGCCUGCAGUGUGAACAGCUGCUGCCCGUGGGCACGGUGGGUGUGCUGGAGCCCCAUCAUCUGGUGUGCCUGGUGCCGUCACAGCGAGAGAACACUGUACUUAGCCAUCCAGUCCCAGGUGACAUGUACCUGCUUGAAACAUGAAAGCACAAGGAUGCAGCUUAAUUAUUUAAUCUCCAGAUGGAGUACUGUUGCUGUAACUCCAAAUGGUCCUGAACAUUUUUAAAAUAUGUAAGUGUUCCGGUGUGUUGGGGAGGGUAUAGCUCAAGUGGUAGAGUGUGUGCUUAGCAUGCACGAGGUCCUGGGUUCAAUCCCCAGUUUCUCCGAUAAAAAUAAAUAUAUAAACAAACCUAAUUACCCCCCCAAAAAAUUCUAAAAAUAAAAAAAGUUUAAAAAACAUAUACAUAUAUAUAUGUGUGUGUAUAUAUAUAUAUAUAAAGUGUUCAAUAUAGUUUUGUUAAUUAAGUUUGACUUAACUAACUGAAAGUUGAUCAUCAAAAACAUAUUUCUGGAAGAAAAUAAAAAAUUCAA